ACUCGGAUCCACCCUGCCCGGCACCCCCAAACCAGCGGCACCCCAAACCAGCGCUCCCAUCCCCCGCCGCGCCUCCGCGGCCCCGCCCGCGCCCCGGCGGCUGUGAGCGCGGCGGGCGGCGGGCGCCAUGGGCAGCGGCAGCAGCCGGAGCGGCCGGGCCCUGCGGCGCCUCCGCGGCCCCGACAGCCGGCCGGCGGGCCCCGGCGGGGCGGCCCCGGACUCGGCGCCGGCGGGGGCCCCGGAGACGGCGGUGGCGGAGGCCCGGGAGGAGGUCCCCGAGGCCGCGGGGGCGGCGGCGGCGGGUCCGGCCCCCGGGCCCACAGCGCCCCCCGACGGCCGGGACGAGACGCUGCGCCUGCUGGACCAGCUGCUGGCCGAGUCCGCGGCCUGGGCCCCGGGGGAGCCGGCCCCGCGGCGCCCGGCGCGCCCCCCGCCCGCCGCCGGCGCGGGGAGCCGGGUGCCCCGACUGGGGCCAGGGACUGAACCUGCAUCCCAGGUAAGUGUUCUGACCGGGAAUCGAACCCAUAGCCCUUUGGUGCAGGGGCCGAUGCUAACCACUGAGAUGCACACACCAGGGAGUGAAUGUGCUUUAACAAGUGAUAACACUCCACGUGAGUGUAACUUAUUGUCACUACCCUCCAGUCCCGCCCCAUUAGCUUCCCAGGUUCUCCCGCCUUUCUUUCUCUUUGGAAACACGUUCCUGAAGGCAGGUCUGGGGGAGGCAGAGGCCCUGGGACAGUGGUCUCAGAGUCAGAGCCUCCUUCCAAAAGUGCUUCCUCAUUUUAGCAACUUGCAAAACAACUGUCCCCCUGGCCCCACAGCCUCUGCGAGAGGCCUGUAAGUGCGGGCAACAGCGCCCUCUGCUGGUGAGAGGGCUGCACCCGAUUGGCAAAAUCCGGUACAAAUGAGCUGAGGCUGGGAGUAAGGUACCCGGAACCCAGUCCCUGUUCUCUCUGCUGGAGAUGUUCGCUGGCCAUAGUGAAACCUAAAAAAGCAACCCAAACCUGGCCUUCAGAGAAAAGAGAACUCCUGAGCCAUGCCACCUGGUGGACCUCAGAACCGCGAUGCAGACUGAAGGAAGCCAGACAGGAAGGGUGCUCCGUGUGCGAGCCCAGCAGCUAGGCUUCAGGGAGAGCACCUGCAGGGAUGGGAAGCGGACCCUCGGCUGCCAGGAGGUGGAGGUGGAGGUGG